AUGGCAAGUUCAAUACAGGUAAUAAGAAAGAAAACCAAGGCUGCUAAAGUGGCGGAUCCCUUAGCCAAACAGAAAUUAAUUUGGACUACUGGUCAUCUUUUAACCCUCACAUGUGGUCUAAUCUUUUCAAUUACAUAUUUCUUCCAUGCAUCAAUCUUUUUCAAAUAUCGUUCAUGGAAAUGGUUAUUCCUUAGAGUCAACAAAAAUUAUGUCUUUUUUGAAGGAACAAGAUGGUAUGAUAAACUAUUGAAGUGGACACCUCAAAUUUUAUAUAGAUUUGCAUUAGUCGGUGUCAUAAUGGCUAAUGGUAUUACGAUGCAUCAGAAUUGGUCGCAUUUAAAUCCAACCUGGUUUGAUCUUUUAGCUGCAGAAAAUUUCCAAAGUUUAUCUGUAGCUGGACUAUGGUUAAUUGGUGGCGGUAAAUCGUUUUAUAGAUUACUACCAUUUAUGAUCUUAAGUUAUAUGCAUUUAACCAACAGGAAACAUGAAUUCACUUCAGAUAAUAAGAAGAUUGAUGAGCAAAAAAGUAUUGACAAUAAACAUUUGCUACACAUUGUAGCAUACUCCGAAAUUAUUGUUAUUAUGGCCUUAAAUUUGGAUACGUUAUUAAUGAAGAAUGGGUCUGCUGGAUUUUUAUUAGUAGCAUAUACUAGUAUCUAUUGGUUACGUCUAAAUUUCUCUGCCUAUGCUCAAGUAACAGUUUUAAGAAUUCUUGAUAAGUUUGAUAAAAAGGUACCAGCUAAACAUAGAGCAAAAUGGGACAGUAUCAGAAACUUUUUGUAUUCCAAGAUUAAAGAACGUUCAGAUCGUAGAGAGAAGCUUUUACGUAAAUAA